AAAAUCCCAAUAUAUUGAACAACUGCAUAUUUUACGCAGACACAUAUUCAACAGACGUAACAAGGAUUAAAAAAUAAACUCAUCAUUUAUAAAUUCCCUAAAAUCGGAUAAAAAUAAACUGCAAAAUGUGGUGCAUUAACAGCAUCGACGUUAUCGCGCUGUGUUUCUCAUCAAUUUAGAAAAAAAAAAAUACAUCAUACAUAUAUCCUGUCCGGUUACAAAAGAAAUCUACGGUGCUAAAAUGCUGCUCGCCAGCGUCUCCAAUAGUCAACCGAUCGCUCCUUCGUCAUCCGUGAAACUACGACGAUCCCGCCGAUUGUCGUCCACCAGAGGAUUAAGGCAACGACCGACCGCGAAUGUCCCGAAGGACUCUCUACUCCAUCGGGAUGUCGAUGAAAAAUUGGGAAAUCUUCGUCCUGCAACGGACAGGAGCGUCGACGAGGACAACGCCAAAGGCGGACUAUUGAUAAACUGGGAGAUGAACGAGAGGAUCAGUUUGAGCAGCCGCUCCAGCACCGGAUUGACAAUUCGUCCUGACGGUAGGAGAGGCGUCGAAUUUAGCGAGACUCGCAGGAGGAACGUCGAAGGUAGAUCGAAAACGGGCCCGGAAUGCACGGAACGCGAAGCCAAGUCGUCCACCGGACCGAAAUUGGAGCUGAUGAACGUAUCUGGAUUCCCGGGAUCGAACGUCGAGCGGAAGCACCGCGAUGCCUGCUCGACGGACGAGAACGUCCUCAGGAGCGAUUCGAAGUACGAGAUUGGCAUUCUCAGUCGUGGUUCCGCGACCUCGAGGAAACAAAGACGACAGGGCGACACGAAAGACAAUGGCGACGCGACGAAGAGGUGGACCAAAGACUCCAUCUCGAAACGACUCGAAUUGAUCCACGAGCUGAAUCAGAAGAUCCUGGCCAACUACGAGAGAUUCCAGCAGAGAUCGAGACGUAGUAAGGAAGCGAAGGAGCAGAGCCGAGUCAAAGAUCAAACCGAGGAACACGUCUAUACGGAGAUGAAGAAAAGGCACAGAACGAGCGAUCGGAAGGCUCGGGAUACUCUUAAACACGAUAUCUGCAAGUCCACCUUUUUGAAAGAUUACCACGAGAGAGUCGAGGGUCGAACGGAGAAGGAUAAGUUCGAUCGAAAAAUUGUACUCGAGAAUACAAACUUCAGCAUGGCGGCCAAAGAGAAUUUUUCACAUCAAAUGGACGAGAAGACGCCAUUAUCGAAAUGUUCGAAAGACAAAAAAGGACGAUUGUCGGCGGAAAAUUCGAUCUUCUACGCAAACGAAAAUGUAUUUUCGAAGGAGGUCGCGACCGAAGAUUGUCUGGAGAACUCGAAAUUGUAUCCCGAGAGCUGUAAUCCACGUAAUAAUAACGAGACGAAACACGAUAGUUUGAGGAAGGAGAAGACGGAGGAUCGAUCCGAAAUUGAUUCGCAGAGAGACGCCGCGAUGGAGGAGAAGAUCCUGGAGUGCAAAAUCCUGGAGAAGCUGGACGAGACGAUCGAGCGAUUCGAUAGCGAGAAGACGCGGCUGUCGUCCGGAGACAGCAACGAGGAAGGGGAUAGCUUCAGCACGGAUUCCAUACAGAGUCCAAGUCCGAGAUCGAGAGAAAAAUGCACCAAGGACCCCGGUAGCCUUCUACAGGAUACUUUCAAUUCCUCCUGGGACUCGGGAGUCGGCGUGGCGGAUGUCGGCAACGGAAGCGGAUGGGUGAGAAUACACACCGGGAUCGAGAGCAGCCUCGUCUAUCUCACUUUGGAUACCACGGCCAGAGACGUCUGCAGGGACAUGCUGCUGGGAGACGACUUGUCUCUGUUUGUCCAGUAUGGCGGCGAGCCAAGCAGGAGGUUGGCGUCCCAGGAGAAGCCGCUGGAGAUUCAGGAUCAAUUUCUUCAAAGGCUCGGCUACCAGGAUGUGUCUCGACGCGCUCGUCUAGGAGUUGAUCUCGAACUCAGACAUCUCGUCGGUUUUCAUGUAGGACCAGCAUCGCCAUUGCCAGACCUGGCGGGAUACAGCCGCUGCGGUUACACUCUGGUGUUAAAGGGGUUGGUUUUUCCCCAGUGGAAACGGCGACCGCUGGCCGUCAUCGGCUCCAGACUCUUCCUUUAUCCGGCCUGUCCAGAAUCGCGAGCGGAAUGGAUGGAGCUGGGCGGAGGCGGCGGCGCGGUGUGCUAUGCGCCGUCACGUCUGGGCAAACUCGUUUUGCGUGUCACCGGGUUUCCCAGGGUCACUCAACAGUGCCACGUGAGCCAACACCCUGAAGAGAAUCACCAUCGCGAGACCAGGCACUUGUAUCUGGGCUUCCAUCAUCCCUGGGAUCGGGACCUUUGGAAAGGCUGGAUCAAAGAGGCUACGCAGUCGUCGCCAUGUCCGAAACGAUUAGAUUUGAGCAAGGGGGGCCUGUCAAGAGUACCUGAAAGUACGAUUGCUUUUCCAGCGAUAGAAGAGCUCGCGUUAGGGUGGAACCAAUUCCGUAAUGUCGACAACAAUCUAAAGCUUCUACACAGGUUUCCAAAACUUCACGCCGUCCAUUUGGAGUGCAAUGAUCUCCGCGGAAUCCCGAGGGAGCUUCUGGAGUUGCCGGCGCUGACCUAUCUUAAUCUCUCGGACAACAAGAUCGAGAUAAUUCCAGCUGACAUCUGCCAACUAAUCAAUUUGAAGGAACUGAUCCUUGAUCGUAAUGGCAUCAAAGACCUACCAAACGAAGUGACACGGCUGAAAAAUCUGAGGAAUAUUUCCAUUGUCGGAAAUUUACUCAGCACUGCACCGUCCUUCUUCAACAUGCGAGCUCUCGCUCUGACGGAAGUUCUGUCAAAGACAGAUCAUGGAAAGCCUUACAAGGAGGAAAAAGCAAUGCAUAAUAAUUUAAACAAGAUCAAUCUGAGAAACAAUCAGCUGAAGGGAAACAUAAUCUUGGGAAAUUACGGCAAUCUGACGCAUCUGGAUGUCAGCGAAAAUAGCAUUGAAAAAUUGGACAUUAGCGCCUUGCAAGAAUUAAGAAGCGUACGAUGCGCUCGAAAUCAUCUGACAGAAUUAACUCUUUGCGGUCGAAAUCUGGUAUCACUCAUCGCUGGAAACAAUAAACUGAAAAAGCUAACCGUCGAACCUGUGCCAAUUAAUCUGGAGCAUCUAGAUGUUUCCUACAACAAUCUAGAUGCAUUGCCGGAAUGGACAACUGAAUUGCCAGCAUUGCGCGUUCUUUUCGCGUCACAUAACACAUUGACAGCCCUACCAGACAGACUACUGUCACAGCCGUCGAGAUUGGAAGUUCUCCAUCUGCCUCAUAACCGAUUACAAGCCCUACCGCCACCAAGAAGACCACUAAACAUCGUUCAUUUAACUCUUCAGGGCAAUAUGUUAACCACGCUACCUACUAGCUUCUUCGCCAACACCGAAAAAAUGAAAGUUUUAAACCUCUCCAACAAUCGGCUCUCCGAACUACCGUAUCGCGAAGAAGCCGGUAGGAGCCAUCAGGGAUCGCACACCUUGGAGAAAUUAUAUGUCACGGCGAAUUGCCUGACCGAUACUGCCCUAGAUGCUCUCGCCAAGUUUACGUCCCUGCGAAUUCUUCAUAUUGCUUACAACACCCUGGACACGUUACCGGAAAGCUGCAUCGCCGCGUGGAGCGACCUGGAGGAAUUGGUGCUGUCCGGAAACCGAUUGCAGUAUCUUCCAGAUAACGUGGCCAAUCUGCAACAUUUGCGCGUGCUGCGCGUGCAUUCUAAUCGGCUGUUAACGUGCCCCACCUUCGGUAAAACGGCGUCCUUGAAGGUGCUGGACCUUGCGCAUAAUCAACUAGAUAGGGUAAAUCUUGCCACGCUAGUGCCUCCGCAAUUGCAAUUCCUCGAUAUAUCCUGCAAUUCCCGACUGCACGUGGAUCCACGACAGUUUCAAGUCUACAGAUCUCAGAGACCGAUAUCUUUAGUGGACGUGUCUGGACAAAACAGGCCUAGUCUACCGUCUCAUCCGCAUCAACAGGAAGUUGUUGUGGGCGAAAAAAAUGCCGAACAACCAUGGCGAUUAGGCUUUUCGGAAACUGCGGGUUCUCGCGAAAAGCUGUAUGUUUCUCAAGUACGAAUGCCGUCCUUCUGUAACGUCGAGGGUCUAUUUGGCAUCUUCGACGGUGGUUCGAAUCAGGAAAUACCCAGUGCCCUACAAGAGAUGAUACCGCGUCUUUUACUGGAGGAGCGGACUAUACGGGAUACGUCGAAGGAAUACCUGAAGUACACCUUGCUAUCGGCACAUAGAGAACUCAAAGAGAAGGGUCAGAAGUACGGUGUGGACGCGACUCUCGUCCAUAUAGUGAAACUACCGUCGCAGCAGGGAUACCCAAAAUCCUCGAGCAAGUAUUCUUUGAAGGUGGCUUCCUCUGGGGAGGCGAAAGCCGUUCUCUGUCGAGCAGCUGGACCUUUAACCCUUGCCGCGUCUAAGAAAGUUGGGGAAUCGGUUAAGACUCAAUUGGGCAACGCUGCCAUGUUCCCGCUGGUGGUGCCUGAUCCGAUGUACGAGGAAGCGAUGUUAGAGGACGACGACGAAUUCGUCAUAGUCGCCAAUAGGAGAUUGUGGGAAGUCCUGAGUGUCCAGGAGGCUGUGAGAGAGGCCAGAGCCGAGGCCAGUCCAGUUCUAGCUGCAAAGAGGCUGCAGGAUCUGGCACAGGCCUAUGGCGCCGAGGACAAUUUAAGCGUUAUCGUCGUCAGAUUGGCCGGGCCGAGCCCAGGUGACAUGGAUCAGCUGAUGCGCGAGCUCAGACACGCUGUCGGCAAAAAUAGAAACCAAACCGGUGACGGCGCAUGUCCCUGUCCCUGUUGCGUGCCGCCGGCGGCACACAAACCUCCAGCGGCCUGCUGUUGUCACGCAAAUGAAGGCUAUUAUCUUAAUGGCGUGUUAAAGAAUAUAGUGAGCAGCAGAUCCAACAAGGUUCACGGAGGUUCCGGGAGGUACUUUAAGAAUUCUAGACCAACUCAAGAAAACGAAAGUCCUCCGUAUAGAGACGAUCGUAGCUCGCCGAGCGGACAGUCCGAUCAAGCUAGCGAUAGUACUUUCAAGUCUCGUCAUCCAUCAGGAAGGAUGUGGUCCGGAAGUGCGGCUUCCAGAGCGACGAACAAGGCUCACCAGAGCGUUCUCAUGCAGGAAACGCGAAAGGUAUCACCGUGCAUACCUACGCAGGAGGACGCCGUUUCGGAAAGGUCCGGCGCCCUCAGCGAGGAGCAAUUCCGUUGCUGGGAGUACAUGCUCGAGCAAAACACUCAGCUGUUGUUCGACAAGGAGUUGGACACGCUGACAAAAGCACCGUUGCGCCAGGCGAGGUCGACGCCGCAGCUGAGCGGAGGCAACUUGCCCUUCCUGUCAAAGAGAUUCGGCAGUGCGAGAUCCUUCAACCCUACGAUACCCCGACCGCCAGUUGUCCGUUUCGGCAGCGGACGGAGAUUGCUAAACGGCGGCCCGAAUGCCGCCUACUUCGGUAGUCUACAAAGGCUGAUGCCUUACAACCUAGAGUACGACUUCGCCGUCAUCCAGGAAAGGACCGGCAUGGACUCGCUCGAGCAGGAUGCCACGAGGAUGCAGCAAUAUUGGGGGUGGCCACUACCGAACUAUAGAAUAGACCAAGAUUUAUACAAGAGGAUGCCUGCGUUUGUUUAAAAUUCGGGAUUCUACUUGGAGGAAACUUUCAUAUUAUUACAUCAUAGUAUACAUUAAAUUGCGGAGUUGCGAUCUGGCAACUCGAUGUAAAGCCAUUUGUUUGAAGAUCGCAAGACGAUAGAUUAAUUCCGGCGAAUAAUCCAAUAACCUGGAGUAAUUUAUCUCGGAUAGCUCGGAUGGCGCAAAGUAAUUGCAGCUCCGUAGUCUAAUUAUCUCAUUGAAAGGCGUAAUUAAUAGAAUACAGCGAGACGGAGCGGAACAUCGUCAAGCGCAAACGCGCACAAUAGCAUUGAUAUCGAUCGUACUGAUAACAAUGACGCGGCAAUAACAAGCCGCGAGAUUCUUCUCGUCCAACCGAGAACGUGCAGGCGAGAGCAAGGAUUUAUACCGUAACUUUGUAACUCGCUCGUUCACCGCAACCGAAUCCCGUGUAAAUAAAGAGACCCACCGCGCUCCUUUACGCUACACAAAGUCCGCUUUAUUCCUUUAUAACGGUAGAUGCGCGAAAGAGAUGCUGCGUUUUCGUGAAACGACUUCGCGAAGAAUAGGUCAAGUAAAAGUAAGAGAUUGAAGAAAAUUCGUUCAUAAUCUUUCAGAGAUUUGACGUUCUCUGUCUUUUUUUUCGACAGUGUCAAUUCCCCACGUGGAUUUUCUUCCAAAUUGUCUUUCAUAAAUCUCAAUUAUAUAUAUUCAAAUCGCUCCUGUUUUUUUUUACCGCAUGCUUUAUGUAUGUUCUCAUAAAGUUUUAGAAUUUAUACUUUGUACAGAUUUUUCUAUAUUUUACGCGUAAUGUACAAAUAUAAUUUAUAAUAUACCCGUACGUUGUGUGACAUUUUUACGAUAAACUGUCGACAAUAUUAAGAAAAUACGUCAUACUAUGGACGGAAUGUAUCGGACGAUCUCGCACUUUCAACGUUACAACAAUACAUGUGCAUCGAGAUAUGUGUCGAUAUCUCGCCUUACAAUAUACAAGAUUAUCUCUAAUGAAUCAUGUCGUCUCUUUGCAAUUGAUUUCGUAUAUGAAACAUUUAUAUGUUUAAAAUAUCGACCGAUUUUUUUUUUUUUUUUGAGAAAAGUUUAUUGAAUUGAAAAUUAGACUCUGGUAUUUUUAAAUUAACAAUUGUACAUUUUUUUUAUUUCAUAGAUAGACAUUUUAACGGUUGAUAACGGAUAAAUUAAAAUUUCUCAUCACCGAUUUUUUUCGAUUUUUAACAAACAAUAGUCAACACAUUUAUAAACAUUUAAUUUAAUGACAAAGAAGCGAGAUUGAUCAGAGAUACCAUAUAUUUAUGAGAAAGAUUAACAAUAAGUCGUGUUACGAAAAAUCGAUCUAAGAGCAUGCUUCCGAAAUAAGUUAAUUAUUUUUCAUGUUUCUACCGCGUGCGUUUAAUUACAUAUUUUAUUCUUUACUUUGAUCGGAAUUGUGCUCUUUGAUUACAAGAAAAAAUUAUACAAAAAAAAAUAUUUUUUAUAAAUAUAAAGAUAUUUUUGUAUUUUUAACGUAAUAUAGAAUGUGUCCCGGAAAAGAGUAUGUUCCAAUAACAGAUUUAUAUUUAUUUGUCUGAAAUAUUAAAAUAUUCUUCGAAGACAGUGAACUUGAAGAAUUGUUGAAAAAUAAAAUUUAUAAAAAAAUAAUUAAACUAAUUAAUAUAUAA